AUGCGUCUCAACAGCCUCCUGUUUGCCUCGCUGGCAGCAGCUGAAAUCCAUCUCAACUAUGACCGCAGUGUCGAGGGACAGCUCGAUGAGUUUGAGGUCGUAGAGAUGGUGAUUGACCGCAACGGCUGGCCAUCCAAGCUGGGAGAACUGAAGAAUCCUCUGGAGCAACGUGACACCUCUGACGCCGUGUUCGGUCGAGCAGCAUUGUCUGCGAAUGGCGUCCUCGACGUGCUGAACAAGGACAAGAGGCAGUCCUGCGAUGCAGGCUACUGGUACUCCUUUGGCCGCUGCUGUCCCACAUCAACCCGCUGCUGCAGCUACGGCUACUGCCUCCCCUCCGACUCCCGUUGCUGCCCCCAAGGCCCAUGCAAAACCACCCAGCAAUGCUGCGGCAGCGACCGCUGCAUCCCAUCCGGCGCGGAGUGCUGCAACGGCGGACGAUUCUGCGAGGCCGGAAACCACUGCUACAUCCUCCCCAGUAAGGGCAACCUCCCCGUUUGCUGCACCAACUCGCGAUGCACGGCGCACGUCGAGAACGGCGUCACGACCUACGCCUCCAGCAGCACCACCACGCGCACAUACACCACCACCCGCACGCGGUACUACUACUGGACCAUCACCUGGUACUACUACUACUACUACUGGACGUACUCGGCCGUGAUUGAGGCGUCGGUGGUGACGUCCUCGCGCACGUCUACCACGAGCGUCUUGAGCGUGAGUACUACGGCGGCGGCCGCUGCGUCCAGGUACUUCGACUCGGUGUCCAGUACGCUUACAUUCUCGACGCCUGCUGCUGCGACGAGCCUCGCCUCUUUGACGGGGAGUACGAAGACCGUGGGGGAUGGGGGACCUACCGUUACGGAUGGGCCUGGCGGGAGUGAGAACACUGGGAAUGGUGGAAACGGGGGUGAUUCUGCGCCCACGACGAGUGCGUCUGGGACGAGGAGGCCGGAGGGGGGGAGUGGUGCGGCGAGGAUGUGGUCGGGGGGAGAUGUGUUGGGGACGAUGUUUGUUGCGUUGGGUUUGAGUACGGGGUUGUUGGCGGUGGUGUUGUGA